GGUUCACGGAUCACUUGCACGUGCCGGCAAAGUCAGAGGCCAAACCCCAAAGUAGCUAAGCAGGACCAAAAGAAGAAGCCAAGUGGACUCGCCCACAGGAGGAUGCAGUACAAUCGCCGAUUCGUCACCGCCGGCUGACCAGAAAGAUAGUUCCUUAGGGAAGCUUGAGAGAAGAUAAAUGGAAGAAUAUAACAAGAGCAGCAUGAAGAAGGCAAGGCUGAACUCGUUGCUGACAAACUUGCUAGAUGAUCCUAUACUUUCUGAUGUUCCCAAGAACCCAACUUUGGCAGAUGUUGACACUCUCAUUAGCCUUGAAUUGGGUAGUGCCAUGCGCAUUUCUGUCUUGAAAUUGGAUGGGUCUACUCUUGACGUGAUCGUGAUGAAUUCAGCAACAGUCAAGGAUUUGAAACUUGCCAUCAAGAGGAAGGUAAAUGACAUGGAACAAUCUGGCAUGGGUCACCGCCACAUUUCUUGGAAACAUGUAUGGGCAAAUUAUUGUUUGUCAUACCAUAACAACAAGCUCCUAGAUGAUAAUGAUGCAGUUCAAAAUUUUGGUGUACGAAAUAAUUCUCAGGUUCAAUUUGCACCCUUUGUCAUGACAAAACAAUCACGGAGGCAUUCGAAGAGGAGAAAACACCGUUUUUUUCAUGGCCUUAAUAAGCGUUCCUGAUCAAACAAGGCCAUGCUCUAAGAGACUGAAAUCUUUGUUGACAAGCCUGUCUCACACAAAGUUCUCUUUGAAUCUUUACUACAUGGAAAAUGUUGUCUAAAACCAGCACCCGCUGCUAUGUUGUGGUAAGCUACUUCGGGUUAUAGGAUUCUUUGGCCUAUCCUCCUGCUCAUGCUUAUUGCUGCUGUUAGCUAAAAUGACUUCAUAUAAUUGUACCUAACGUCCAUCCAAAUCAUUUUUCAAUCUUUUGCAAACAAUUCGAAAAUAUGUAAAUAAAGUUACCCCCAAAAAACAUCAUGGGCUUAUCUGUUGUUGAUGUUGGUAAGUAGGUGAUCUGUCCCAGUAAAAGUACAAGUAAUCAGUGUUUUAUUUUGUUAAAGUAAUUAACUUUUUUAUUAUUGCAACUUUAUAGAGUUAUUGUUUUAGUUUACUUUUAAUGAAUUGAAUGUCAUAAUUAUCCCAUUUUCCAUCCAUCA